AUGCGUAUCGAGGAACUCGUGUUGGAAGGCUUCAAGUCAUACCCUGUACGGACGCAAAUUACUGGCUGGGAUACCUCGUUCAAUGCCAUUACUGGUCUCAAUGGAUCUGGAAAGUCGAACAUCCUCGACGCGAUCUGCUUUGUGCUGGGCAUCACCAAUAUGACCUCGAUGCGCGCCCAAAAUCAACAAGACCUCAUCUAUAAACGUGGUCAGGCCGGUAUCACGAAGGCCAGCGUUACAAUCGUGUUCGACAACUCUGACAGAACGAUGAGUCCUGUGGGUUUGGAGAACUGCAAGCAGAUCACGGUGACACGACAAAUCGCGCUCCCGAAUAUUUCGAAAUAUCUCCUCAACGGCCACAAGUCCCAGCAGCAUACCAUCCAGACCCUGUUCCAGAGUGUACAGCUUAACAUCAACAACCCCAACUUUUUGAUCAUGCAGGGUCGGAUCACGAAGGUUCUGAAUAUGCGGCCGCAAGAAAUUUUGGGUAUGGUAGAGGAGGCAGCUGGGACGCGCAUGUUCGAGGAACGGAAAGAUAAAGCUAUAAAGACUAUGGGAAAGAAAGAGAAACGCGUCGAGGAGAUCACUUCCCUUUUACAAGAAGAGAUCGCUCCGAAGCUUGACACCCUGCGGGCCGAAAAGCGCUCCUUCCUCCAGUGGCAGAAAACAUGCUCCGAACUCGAGCGCAUUGGCCACCUGCUCCGCGCAUGGGAGUGGACAGAACACAACAGGCGCGUAGAAAACAAGCAGUUGGAGAUCAAGGAAAAGGAGAAGGAGGCUGCGAAGAAAGAAAAAGAGAAGGACCGGUUGGCGAAUGAGGGCGAGGCGGCAGAGCAAGAUGCAGCAUCGGUGCGGGCGCAGCGAGAUAAAGAACUGAAGAAAGGCGGCAAGUUUAAGAAGCUCGAGGAGGAGGUCGCAGAGCUCGAGAAGACGCUGGUCAAGGUUCGCACGCAGGUGGAGAUCAAGAAUGGGACGAUCGCAGACGAGGAGGGUAAGGUGGCGAAGCUGGAAGACGAGCAGAAAGAACUAGAGGAUUCCCUAGCCCAGAAGAAGGUGCAGGUGGCGGAGCUCGAAGCUUCCUACGGACAAGUGAAGGAGAUGCACACGGCGACGCAGAACGCGCUUUCUAACUUGGAGGACCUUCUGCAAACUCUGCUCACCGGCCUCACCAAUAGCAACUCGAACACCACAGGCGGUGGGUACAUGGGCCAGCUCGCGGAUGCGAGAGCACGCCUCGCACAAGCAACUGCAGAAGAGGAGCAAAGUCGCGUGAAGCUUAGCAUGAGCCAGAAGGAACUCAAAGCGCUAGAGGCAAGAUGGAAAGAGGUCGAGAAGGAGGCAGGCGACGGGGCAAAGAAAAUUGAAUCGUUGAAGUUGGAGGCGGAAAAGUAUAGACGCAAGGUCAAAGAGUGUGGAUGGUCCGCUGAAAAGGAGCAGGAGCAUGAAGCCGCGCUCCGAACAGCCAAGAUGGAGUUGAGGCAAGCCACCGAGGAAAGAGACGCGGUGAAGCAGCGUCUUUCGCGGCUGGACUUCAACUACUCACUUCCGUCUCCGAAUUUCGACACGCGCAAAGUCAAGGGCCUUGUCGCGUCGCUGAUCGAACUGCAGCAAAAAGACUACAAUAAGUCGACCGCACUCGAGAUUACCGCUGGUGCGAAACUAUACAACGUUGUCGUCGAAGAUGAACGUGUCGGCACCGAGCUCCUACAGCGAGGCAAGCUGAAGCAACGCGUCACAAUCAUCCCAUUGAACAAGAUCAGCACGUAUUCGCUACCUCCCCAGAAAUUGAACGCAGCGUCUAGGCUCGCACCAGGCAAAGUCCAUUUAGCUCUCUCUCUAGUCGGCUACCCCGACGAAGUUGCCAACGCCAUGGUGCACGUCUUUGGCAGUACUCUCAUCUGUGAUGAUGCCGAGUCCGCUAAAAUCGUGACGUUCUCGCGCGAUGUCGGUGGCGUGCGCUCGGUGACGCUCGAUGGCGAUGUGUACGACCCUUCUGGCACCUUGAGCGGCGGAUCCGCGCCCAGCGGUAGCGGCCUGCUCGUCAACGUGCAGCAGCUCCUUGCCGCGGAGAAAAAGCUCACUCAAGCGAAAGAGCGGUGUGAUGCGCUCGAGGCUGAGGAACAAAGGGGACAGCAAGUGCGGGCAAAUUGGAGGCGGCUUAUGGAAGGUCUCGAGAUCAAAGAGCACGAGCUGCAUCUACUGGAAGAGCAAGUCCAGGGAAGCAACGCUAAUAGGGUUGGCGCUCAAAUGGAACAGCUGAGGAAAACCAUCACCGAUCUUGAGGCAGCAGUCCAGAGCGCAAAGGACAAGCAAAAGGCUGAGAAGGCUGAAUGUAAGAAGCUCGAGAAGGACAUGGAUGAGUUCAAGAACAACAAAGAGGGCAAAACGGAGGAACUCAAGACAGAAAUCUUAAAACAGAAGGCUGCUUUGCAGAAGCAAUCUGUCGUUGUCAAGACACGACAAAGAGAUAUGCAGACUGCCGCUCUCGAACUGGAGCAACUCGAGAAGGACAUCAAUAGCUCGAUCCAAGCUGUUGAGGAAGCGAAGAGAGCCGUUCGAAAGCUCCAUAAGGAGCUAGCAACGCUUAAUGACAGCGUCGCGAGCAGCGUCGCCGCCCAUGCCAAGGCCGAGGCCAAGCUGUUAGAAGAAAAGGCCACCCUGACACGCUUCGACACUGAGCUGCGCGAGCUUGAGGAGGCGAUCAAAGCGAAAAAGCAAGCGGUCGUCGACGUCGAGCUGGUGCUCAAAAAGCUCGAGCACGACGUGCAGACGCUUGCCAAAGAGAAGGCUAGCGCGCUUACAAGUGUCUCGAACCUAGAGAAGCAGUAUGAUUGGAUCGCGGAGGAGAGCCAUCUAUUCGGCAAAGCUGGCUCACAGUACGAUUUCAAGUCGGUAGACAUCGGCGCGCUGCGGGACAAGGCUACGGAACUCGAACAGCAGCAACGCGGAAUGAAGAAAAAAGUGAACCCGAAGGUAAUCAACAUGAUCGACAGUGUCGAGAAACGUGAAACAGCGCUGAACAAGAUGCUCACGACAGUGAUGAAGGACAAGGAAAAGAUCGAGCAGACAAUCGAGGAGCUCGACCGGUACAAGCGCGAUGCGCUGCAAAAAACGUGGGAGAAGGUCAACGGCGAUUUUGGCGACAUCUUUGCAGAAUUGCUCCCGGGCAAUUUUGCGAAGCUGCAGCCGCCAGAGGGACAGGACCUCAUGGACGGCCUCGAGAUUAAGAUCCGGCUGGGCACCGUGUGGAAGCAGAGUUUGACGGAACUGAGCGGCGGCCAACGCUCGCUCAUCGCGCUCUCCCUCAUCCUGGCGCUCCUGCAGUUUAAGCCAGCACCAGUCUACAUCCUCGACGAGAUCGACGCCGCGCUUGACCUGUCGCACACGCAACACAUUGGCACCCUCUUCCGCACGCGCUUCCGCGGCGCGCAGUUCAUCGUCGUCUCGCUCAAGGAGGGCCUGUUCACGAACGCGAACGUACUCUUCCGCACGCGCUUCCGCGAUGGGACAAGUGUUGUCGAGCGCACGGCGCAGCGCAGUGCCAGCGCGUUGUACGCGGCGGAACGCGGCUAG